AUGGUGUUGAGGACGUCGGGAGCUGGCUGUCGCGGCGCCCUUGGGAAAAAUGGGACGAUGAUCACGUGCCGGUCUGGCAGGAAGUCUGGGGAAAGCACCCCGCACGUGCUAGAAGCCGAGCCCUGCCAAGCAGUCAGCUUUUCGGAACGCAUUGGCAAUGUCACUGCUGACUCAGACAAACGCUCUGGAAGGGCAAUUUCAUUGGCCCUCGUCUUACCGGUAUCCCGCUGCCACGGCGGACCCGCCUCUCCCAAGACCGACCAUACUCGGUCCCUCCACAACAACAAAACCACCGUCCCUCCUUCGUUGCACUCUGCAUAUUUUAUUCCACAUCUUCUUGGCCUAGACGGAUAUCGUGCCGAGUUCGAAGAAACAUCCAAAGACUUGAGUCUUAAAGAGAUGGCGGCUGGAGAAAGCAACGAGCAGGGGAGCAGGAGCUACAGUCUCCUCCAGCAACAUGAGCACCCGGACGAUCCAAUCGAUGAUCUGGAGCAGUCCCGAUUGCUACCAAUGGACGACCUCUCCGACGAUGGUUCUCCCCCAACCCCACGCUUCCUGCAAGAUCAGAGCUCUUAUAAACAUUGGAGAUGGAUUCCAGUACCAAUUCGAAGGGUGUCAAAGUCGGCCUUGAGGUGGGCGAGAGGCCCGGAGCCACCCCAUAUUCAUACCAUUUCCCCGUUGCUACCAAUUGUUCAAGAACUACCAAUUCGAAUAUUGGAUAGAUAUAUACCAAAACGCAGGCAUAGAAUCUUGCUUUUGAUUGCUUACUAUUUUCUCUGGAUCUUGACCUUUGCAUUGGUUAUGCGUGGAAGUACUACGGCUACCGAGAUCGAAGGAUGGGGGACUCCAGGAAACAUCGGGUGCACAACAACGUACUGGGUGCCUGGAAACGGUUGCGGAUUGAAUGGAAACGACUGUAGGCCAUUCAACGGAGGCGGCUUUGCAUUCAGGUGCCCUGCCGAGUGCGCAAGUACAUGGGUUUUGAACAAUCGUGCGGUUGGCGACCAAGAAAUCGUGUAUCAACCUUUGGUCAUUGGGGGUCCUUCCGAAAAUGCAUCGGCGCCGUAUUAUAGAAGCGAUUCUUUCAUUUGUGGCUCCGCGAUCCAUGCUGGAAUUAUCGACAACAGCCAAGGUGGAUGUGGUAUAGUCGCACUUACGGGAGAACGCAACAGCUUCUUAAGCUCAAACCGUAACGGCAUAAAGAGCAUCGGAUUCGAUGCUUCUUUUCCUUCCUCCUUUACAUUCCACUCUGGCUCUACGUGCGAAGCAAAAGAUCCGCGCUGGUCGCUCCUCUUCGUUUCAUUGACAUUUACUAUACUGUUAUCACUAUUUACAACAUCGCCGGGGUUAUAUUUCUUCAGUAUAUUUAUCGGCCUCUUUGCGCAUGUCGGACUUGCCUCGGAUCCGCCAAUGACUGGUUCAACUGCCGCCAUUGUAUCGAAUUUGUUGGGCAAAUUCCUUCCAGCUGCAUUCAUCGCUUUUGUAAUAUAUCGUUAUAUGGGAGUACAAAGAGCGCUUGUUGGUCUUACGGCACAAAUUGAGAAGACUAUUUUCUGGUUAGGAGGAUGUUGGGUUGGUGCUCUGUCUAAUUAUACGUUUGAAUGGAUCCCAAUUCAACGUCUAAAUGCGCACGACAUCAACCAGCAACCGGGCGCCAAAUUGGCCUUGGCUCUCAUUAUACUUUUUUUAGUAUCAGUUGUCGUCAGCCAAAUAUUCUUCUUUCGGCGUGAGGGACGUCUGAUUCGCUAUCUUGGAAUUUAUGGACUCUUUAUCGGUGCUAUUCUGGUAUCACUAACACUUCCUGGCCUUAGCCUUCGAAUUCAUCACUACAUUCUCGCCCUUCUUUUUCUACCAGGGACAAGCAUGCAAACGCGCCCAUCACUUCUUUACCAAGGUAUCUUGCUGGGUCUGUUCAUCAAUGGAAUCGCGAGAUGGGGAUUUGAUCCAGUCCUCCAGACGCCAGCUGCGCUUCAAGGAGACGCUCCCCAUAAUUCGAAGCUCCCUACUGUUACGCAGCCGGCCAUAGAUUUAUCUCCAAAUGUUUCUAGUAUCUCAUUUUCCUGGAUUCCACCGCCGGAGCCUUUUGAUGGCAUUUCAGUCCUCGUCAAUGAUGUUGAAAGAUUUCGGGGCUAUACCGACGAGGGCUUUGUCAGUGACAAGUAUUUUGAAUGGACGAGAGAGUCAUGGAAGGAUGAGCCUACCUAUUUUCGCUUUGCGUACAUGGAGGGCAGUCAGGCUUGGGACUACACUCGUGCGGGUGUUUGGGAGAAGGAUGGAAGCUGGACGAAGAUGGCGCCAGGGCCCAGUAAACUCAAGACCAGGGCCUUUGAAGAAGAGGUUGACCUGAUCUUGACUUAUUUAUCAGUCUCUUUUCUGCCCAUCUUCAAGAUGAACCGCAGCAACAUCGCGCCUCUUCCGCCACCCCCCUAUCCUUAUUCAAGUCUAGAAACAACAACACCAACAAUUCGACUCAUUCGUCUUCACCGGUCAUCUGGAGGCUUAAACACCGGAACGCUGAGAUCCUUCUCAUUAGCUCCCUCUGAACGUGUUCCUUUCAAAACACUGUCUUACGUAUGGGGCAAGCCAAACUAUACUCAUCGAAUCCUGCUCAACGGCGAUACUUUCGAGGUUUUGGAAUCACUUUAUCCGAUUCUGGAAUUAAUUUGCGAUUCGCCGAGCCUGGCUGAGAAAUGGUGGUGGAUAGACUCUAUCUGUAUCAAUCAGCAGAAGAAUCGAGAUGCGGUUCAUGAACGUGGGUUUCAGGUUGCGCUUAUGGGAGAUAUCUAUAAUCGCGCCGAAAACACUUUAGGGUGGCUUGGGAAUUCUUCGGAUGGAGAUACGACUAAUCAAAUGGGUGUAGAGGCGAUAAGAUUUCUUCGUGUGAUGCUAAGAAACAAGAAGAAUCUGAAUUUGGCAGAAGAGAUGUCUUUGAUUCCAGAAAUAAACGAUCGUGCAAAAUGGAGAGCUCUUGAGUGGCUAUUUCUACGUCCUUGGUGGCGCAGAGUCUGGACGUUGCAAUAA